AUGGUAGAAAGGCUGAACCUUCCGAAGAUAAGCAUUGACAUGUUGAAGGAGAAGAAUCGUUGGCCUCACUUAGCAGACUUUCCACUGCCUCCAGUAAAGGAUGUUGAUAUCACGGUUUUGCUGGGCGCUGAUGUCUUUGACUUGAUUGUGCCUCAGGAAAUAAGAACCGGUCCAAAGGGAACUCCUAGAGUGGUACGCACUGCUCUCAGUUGGACUGCAACUUCUCAUCUCCCAGGGAGUAGUGACAUCAAUAUGGUCACUCCCAUGAAAGUCCAUAUCACAACUCCUGAAGAACACCUCUCAUCAAGUCCAGCUGUGGUGGAAGACCGAGUCAUUCGGAUGUAA